GUCACAUGACACAACUGUCAUGGCGUCGGCGCUGUCAGGGUGCGGGUGGUGUAGGUAGUUAGAGGGAGUGUAUAAGCGCCUGUUCUGGACAAAACAAACCAUGAGUGGCUGUUAUCAUCUGGAUAAUGACGCUAAACACUGAUACACACUUGGGAAAGCGUGCCAUUAUGCAUCCUUUUGGCCAGGAGGAGGAGAGCUCUGUGCAGGACCUGUUUGUGUUUUUUACUCAGUGUUUACAGCAUGGCGAGUGGGAGCUGGCUGCCGCUUGUGUCCGACAGCUCAGUCAGGCUGCCGGAGACGUGCCGCAGAGUCCCAAUGAUAUCAUCUCUGCACUUAUCGCACAACCGUAUCAACUUGCGUGGGAGACACUGGGAAGUCCUCACAAACUUGCUUGGUUCUGGCUUCAGGUGCUGGAGAAGCACUCAAAAGACAAGGUAUCUCCUUCAGUCCAACGGGAACUGGCCUUCCUGCUGCUUUUAGAAGAGCUCGGAGAGAAAUUGCCUCAUUCUGUACUAAAAGAGCUACAUCAGGCUUUUCUGGAGUCUGAGCGCAUUGAGCAGAAUGACUCCCCCUCCGUCGUUCCUUUGAGUAAUGCGGCUCUCUCCUCCAUCCGCUCCCUGCUCUCUGAGCACAGCCCACGUCUUGCCCAGGCCCUGCUCUGCUUCCUGAAGCACACAAAUGCAUCCAGUGGUUUUCUCCAGCAUCUCCUGGACCUCAUGGCAGAGAAGGAAAGCAAGAGAAAUGAGGGAUGGGCAGCAGAAGUGUGCGGCGCUCUGGCUCUUGCUCCGGGUGCAGCUGCGGAGCUGGAGCAGCUGUGGGUGGAGCUAUGGAGGGCAAGAGUGGGGCCCCUAAGUGAGGAGAGGUUGAUGGGAUGCCUGCUUCGACCACAGAGCCACACUCUGCUGAUGCGCUACUGUGCCACAGCACUGCAGCUUAGCAGGGACAGACUGCUUCAAAAUCCAACACACACACAGGUGGACUUGCCUGAAGCAGAGAGGCUCAUGCUUGGCUUGUGUUGUCAUGGUGAACGUCCUGAUGCCUGGAAAGCCAUUUACUUUGAGUGUCUGAGCAGUGGAAAGCACUUUCUGGAGCAGGUUCUGGUCACGGGGCUCAACCUAAUAAAAAAGGAGGAGUUUUCUAAACUGGAAACAUUACUUAGGGCGGAGUUUCAGCCACUGUCCCACCUUCUUCUCUUGCUGGGAUGGAAACACUGCCAGAGCCUUGAUUCCGCCCAGGGACUCCUCAGGAUUCUGCACCAAAAACAGGCCAAAGACACUAUCCUCAGCGAUUUUGCAAACGUCCUCUCUUCUCAGUUAACAGUGUUGGAGUGGUGUAUCAAAAACAACUCCGAAAUCUCCCAUGAGGCCUUGCUGUCUCAACUGCACAAUCUGGAUCAGCACUCUGCUCUCUAUGUGCUGCACUCUCUCACUUCUCUGGCCAAGUAUGAAGAGCACAGAGUGCUGAAGCUGCUGCAGGCUGCAGGAGACUUUCUUUCUGGAGACACCCAGAGCAACUGCAUUCAGCGCAACAUCACUCUAUUCAGGGGCUUCUGUGCCAUAAAAUACGCAGUUCGUGCUGUGUGUAUAAACACAAGGGUCAGAUGCUCAGACUUUGGUUCAGCACAGGUACCACAGAAGGAACAGGCUAAAGGUCACUCAUCCCUGUUUCAGCAUUACCUCGCGGAGUGUCAGCUCUACUUGGAAGCGGUUCCUGCAAUGUUUCGCCUAGAGCUCCUGGAAAACAUCUUCUCGCUGCUUUUCUUGUCCUAUUCUGAUUUUGCUGAACCGAAUCAUUUCGACACCGUGGGAACACAGAGCAGCCUCCAGGAAGAGAUCCGUGAAAGGAAAGCCCGAGAAGAGCAGGGUGAGAGCUCUGAGACUGUAAGUUCUGGACAGUUGAAGGGUUGCCGUGGCUUUUUGUUGGAUCUUGGUGCGAUGGAAGGAGUCCUGCUACUUAGAGAAGGACUGGAGGGAAUGUGUGCCCUCGGGGCGCUGGAGGCAGAGGUGGAGCUGGCUGAGAGUUUGGGUAGCUCGAUUACGGUGGAUACUUUCAGCACUCGGUUGCAGAGGCUGUCCAAAUACACAGCCGAGGCUCAGUGGAGGCUACAAAUCGUUACCACCAAUCAGGAGAACCCAAGCAGUGGUCCAACUCUGCCCUCUCCCGUUGUGAACUUGACUCUCCCUCUGAGGCGUAGGAGCAGCAGCAGUGUUUCUGGAGUUAGAAAAAAGAAGCGAUCACUUCGCCAUCGCCCUGAGCGACGCAUGACCUCUGAACGACAGAAUGGCGAGAUCAGCACCAGCACUUCGGACGGCAGUGGUAGCACCGUGCCAGUGUGUGUGGAGUGCGAAAAGUGUGUGUGUGGAGGACCUCACAGCUGGCUCAUUCCCUCUAUGCUCUCCCCGCCUGAGUCUCUCCUGAUCUCCUGCAUACGAAGAGGAAACUAUGUGGAGGCUCAUCAGGUGAUGCUGAUGUUUGGGUUGGAGAACGCACCAUGUUGUGGCGAGCUACUUUUCAUGGAGCGGUACCAUGAGGUUCUCUCUGAACUCGCUCAGGUUGAGAAAAAGAUUGAGAGCCAGUCCCUUUCUUCCUUAUCGUCCUCCACAGAGGGUCUGGGGUCAGUCGGGGUGACAGGGCCGGGACGGAGUCGCCUGGGCAGCAGCAGCAGAUCCACUUUGCAGAGCAUUGGCAAUGCAGCUGCAGCAGGCAUGGCAUUUUACUCCAUCUCUGAUGUAGCUGAUCGCCUCCAGAGCUCUCCGUCUCGCCCUCUGGCCUGUUUGGAGGAGAACUACUGGCUCUCUCACACGCUUUCUGAUCCCUCAGACCCCCUGCGCCCCCUGCUAGAGGAGCUGAGUCCAGCUGGUAUGGCCGCUUUUGACCUGGCCUGCUGUCAGUGCCAGUUGUGGAAGAGCUCACGACAGCUUUUGGAGACAGCUGAGCGGAGACUACAAAUCUCUCUAGAGAGUCGAGACAUCACGUUGGAUCGAGACGUUGGUCAAUCUGAAGGUGUCCGAGGUUUUCCUUCUGUGCUGCAGCACAUCAGUAAAAUACUCAACAGAACAACAACAAGCAAAGGGCCACCAAAAUCCGACUGUAACAGAGAUGAGGGUGGGGUCCUGCCUCCAUUUGGCUGCAGUGCUCAGGAAGUCCUCCUCUGUACGCAUUUGUGUCUCACAGAGGAGGCCAUCAUGGCCCAGAUAAACUUUGUCCAGAGCCUCGAGGUCACACUGCAGACUCUGACCUCUGCCAUCGACAUGGCCGGUGAGAGCCAGUUGACCAGCUCUAUCCUGGCAUCUCUGUUAGAGCAGACAGGGCUGAAGCAGUCUGAGCUCGACUCACACCCUGUACGCUCUGCUAUGAAACAGCUGCUGCGCUCGCUGGACCAGCUGUGCCCUUUUGAAUUGGACGGUUCCACCUGUAGGCCAGAUUACAUGCGCAGCUUCCUGGAUUAUAUCAACAUGCUAGCGUCAGUGCUGGUGUGCUGCCUGGGCUCAGAAGAUCAAAGUUCGGCAGUGAAAUUGGGAAAUCCUUUGCUUGUACUUCUGCAGUCACCACAUCAGCUCCUCUCAUACCUGCUCUUUGACAGACAGGUCACACCAGACAGGUUACUGUCUCUGCUGCAUCAGGAGGGUCUACAUGUAAAUGUUCAACAGGUCAUAGUGCAGCGUUGCUGUGAUCCACUCCCUCUGUGGUUCCGUUCCUCCCUAAAAUGUGCAGAAGUCGAUGGAGGAGCUUUCUGCUCAUCCACCAUCGCCUCCCUUCUCCAUCAGCAAACUCAGGAAAGAACUGACCUUUCUGAACCGCCUGCAGUCUCAGAACCCAGUUCAGAAUCAGAAGCGUCGGUGGAAACCAGCGUCUUUCCAAAUCUCUCCACCUCUCCUCCUUCUCCUUCUUCUUCUUUAUCCUCAUCUUCAUCGUCGUCAUCAUCAUCCACUGCAUCUUCUUUCCUCCUCACACCUUCUGCCCUGUCGUUCCUGAAAUCCCGAUCUCCUCUUGUCGCUGUGCUGGCGUUGCUUGGCGUGAGCAGGGUUGAGAUUGCUCGCGUGACCUCUUCUGCAUGGCCUGGACUGCCUUCGUAUUUUCGAAGCACUGCACGUAAAGAAGCUCCAUUGGACUUGGAGCAGAUCUCCAAAGAGGCCGAAGCUUUGCUUACAUCCUUUCCUAUUCUCAAGGCCUUCCUAGUGGACAUGGCAGCGCCUGUGCUGGGGUCAUCUCUGGAGGCUGAUGAAGUUGGAGCAGCUUUGAGCAGGAAAUCUGGCACAGUGGUCGUGCUCUUCUCUGGUUCUCAGGAUGGAACAAGUAACGCGACAUUGGCUGAAGCUUUUCAACAGGCUUUGAGCACCAAAGACCUGAAGCGAGCUUUGAGCCUGCUGGAGCUCUAUGCAGAAAACUGCAGUCAGAAAGGGGCGCUACAGGACAAACUGCUUGCCUGCACCACCAUGGAAGGAGAGGGCGAUAAAGAGCAGCUUUUCCGGGUGAAGGACUGGGAACUGCGAGCCCAUGUCACGCUGCAGAGUUUGGACCGCUGGCCUCUUCAUAGCUGCCUGGAACUCCUGCGGUUCUGCCUCAGUGACUCAAGGCCGGAUCACAUGCUCACGCCACAGCUGCAGCAAAAAAAACAUGAACUCGACAUGUACAACAAGAUGCUCAAUUUACAGCCUCCACUGGGAUGGCAGACAUGGCAGGAGUUAAAGGAGGAGUCGAACAGAAACCCUGAAUCCAUGUUCUCCCUUUUGUUGCAGACACGGGAGUUUGAUUUGUGUGCACAGUGGGUGCAGCUGUAUCCCGUAUCAGAGAAAUCUAAACUGCAGCUCCAGACUGAACACCUUCUCCAUCUGCUGGAAAACGGUCAAACUGAGGACGCCUUCCAGCUCCUCGAGGGUCUCUCUGAUUCGCUGGAGGUUAGCGAGGGUGCACUAGAUCAGAGGCCCGGAUUGGCUGCCUGCCAUUUCUUGUCUGAUUACCUCACGCUGCACUUUCAGAGCCGGAUGACGUCGGCACGUAGACGCCAUAUACACGCCCUGCACCUGGGCUCUAAGGAGUUGCUCACUAUUCCGGAAGCUUCUCGGCAGGACUACUUCCAGCUGCUAGCUGAUCCUCUGCUCAUGCUGGAGCAGCUUUUGAUGAACCUGAAAGUGGACUGGGUGUCGGUUGCCGUCUUGACCCUCCGGAACCUUUUACCCGCUCAGGAAGCAGGAAUCACCAACCAGGACAUCGACACACUGCUGGCUGCGUAUGCAAAGAAAGCCCUAGACUUCCCUUACGCCCCCCGAGAGAGGACACGCAGCGACUCAGUGAUCAGCUUGCAGGACACGCUGCUGCAGUGUCCUAUUCAGGAAAGCACACUGUCGUCUCCCACUCGCACACCGCCUCCUUCAACAGGAGGAACUCCCAUGCAUACUCCAUCUAGCAUCACCCAUGACAGACAGAGGUUCGAGUGGAAGAAGCUCCGUCCCUCAGCCAUGUUCACUCCUCCAGAGAAAACGCCGGAGCGUAAAGACUGGAUCCCUGACCACCAAAGGCACAUCUGCAUGGUCUGUCAGAGAGAGAGAUUCACCAUGUUUAACCGACGGCAUCACUGCAGGCGCUGUGGCCGCUUGGUGUGUCACGCCUGUUCCAGCAGGAAGAUGGUAGUGGAGGGAAGUGAGGAGACAGUGAGAGUGUGUGACCAGUGUUACAGCUUCUUUCACACAGUGUCAGAUGCAGAUCUGGAGCAGGCAGAAGUUGCAGGCAGUCCGGCCUCAACUGAUGGAGCGCUAGAUGGAGUUCUCAGUUUCCCCGAGGUUCCUCAGAGGCAGUACAGACUCAGUCCCAAUGCAGCCGAGAACCAGCAGCUUUACAGCGAAUUCUACUAUGAACAGGCACCCAGUGCAUCCCUGUGUGUGUCCAUCCUCUCUCUUCACAGUGAUCAUGCUGCCUGUGGUCACCAGCUGAUUGGUCACUGCUGCUCGAUCUCACGCAAACUGACCAAUCCUGAGGUGGACGCUCGUCUCUUGACCGACAUCAUGCAGCAGCUCAUGUUCAGUGCCAAGCUGAUGUUUGUUAGAGCUGGACGCAAUCAGGACCUGGCUCUGUGUGACAGCUACAUAAGUAAGGUGGACGUGCUGAAGAUCCUAGUCAGUGCUAACUAUAAGUACAUUCCAUCUCUGGAUGACAUUUUAGAGAUGACGGCGGUGACUCGUUUGAGGAACCAACUCCUCGAGGCUGAGUAUUAUCAGCUAGCUGUAGAGGUGUCAACUAAAAGUGGUCUAGACCCAAGCGGGGUGUGGCAUGCAUGGGGCAUGGCACUUCUGAAGGCCGGAUGUCUAAGCGCUGCCCGGGAGAAGUUUGCCCGCUGUCUGAAAGCUCCAGUGGACAAAAACCAGCUGAACCCAGGGUCACGACUGCUGCAGGAGAUCGUCCAGCACCUGGAGUCUACUAUCCGACUCGCACCGAGCACGUCAGGAGAUGACAACAUCCUGGCGUCCCUGACUGAGCUGGAGGAGGCUCUGCGUGAUACGGCACCUGUGGACAGGACGGAGAGCCGGGUGCUGCGCUGUGGAAAUCACGAGGAGUGUGUGUACUACCUGAUGACCUACGGCACACACCUGAGCCUCAUCUCCUUCUACCUGCGUCACGAUUGCCUGAAGGAUGCACUCACAUAUCUGCUCAGCAAGGAAUGUCCAGAAGAGGUGUUUCUGGAGGGCAUACUCCAGCCGUGUUUGGAUCGAGGCAGGUUGGGGGUUUUGCAGGGGCUCCUGGAAACUCUGGACACUACUUUGGAAAGCUGGGGCAAAUACUUAAUGCCAGCAUGCCAAAUGCUCCAGCGCAAGGGUUAUUACCACACGCUGUACCAACUACAGCAGUUCAUGAUGGACCACGUGCGUGCGGCUAUGACGUGUAUUUACUUCUUCAAACGCGGCGCUCAUUCCUACGUGCAGCUGGGUGAUCAGCAACGCUGGCUGGUCCGUGCCAAAGAGCACCUGAGGGCCUUCCUACAGGAGCAACAAAACCGCCGCAAAACCUUCUCGUCUUCCUCAUCAUCAACUUCCUCCUUCAGGAAAAGAAUGAGCUCCAGCGAAGUCUCCAUACACAUGAACACCAUCAUGCUGCAGUUGGAAGUGACGCGUUUUCUGCAUCGAUGCGAAAGCUCCUCCUCUUCCUCUAGAGUACUCACUUCUACAGGCAACAGUUCUCCACCUACUCUUUUUGGGGGAAGUUCCAUGAAGGUUGAUGUGGCCUGCAGAGUGAUGCUGGGGGGCAAAAACAUUGAAGAGGGGUUUGGCAUUGCUUAUCGAGUCAUACAGGAUUUUCAGUUAGAUGCUCUAGCUGUGUACAUGCGUGUUGGUCAGCGGUUGGUAGGUCUGCGUGAGUACCAGGCCGUUCGCCAGCUGCUGAAAUGUGUGAGCGAGUCAGGGACGGGGACGAAACAUGACUGUGACACCAUAGUGCUUGGCUGCAUUUCAACCUCAGACAAAAAUCCUGCUGAUGCCAAAGAGUUGGAGUCUCUGAUUUUGGAGUCCAAAUCCAUAGAAAAUAAAAUAAAAGCAUACCUGAUGUGCAGUAAGCUGAGGGCGGCGUAUCUUUUGGCGGUGAAGCUGGACCCUGUGAAGGCACGUUUGCUUGUACAGGACGUUCUACAAGCUGCCGAGGUUUCGAGCGAUUCCACCAUGCAAGAGAUCUGCCGUCAGUGGCUCUCAGAACAUCAGGAGCCUGCGUCACGGAAACGCCAAGGCAACAACAGGUAGCACUGGGGGCUUUAUUUCUGAUGGACUACAGCUACAGAAGGCUGACUAGGGCUCAAAGCUCUGCUCUGUCUUGGACGAUUGAGUAGUAUGUGUGACGCUGGAAGUAAAUUGCAGACAUGCCCCAUGGUGUCACAUGAUCAGGUCUUGUGACUUUAGAUCUGGAUCCAUAACCAACCCCUAGUUGCUUGUUGUUAGAAGCCGUCUACAAAAGAGUAAAUUUUAUUUUGAAUGGCAGUAGAGUAGAUGAAGUACUGUUCACUACAGGGUAAUGUAACAUAUAAAAGCCAGUACAGUGCAAUUGUGGCAUUGGAUAAAUUUUUAUCUUUACAAACCACUCGCAAUUUUACUGCACCUUUCUCAGACAGAUCGGCGUAUUCUUAAAUGAGAAAUUCGGCAAAAUUUUCAUUCUACCCCACAUUUACUCAGGCCCAGGCAAGAGCAUCGAAUCUAAUAUACAGUAGCUAUCAGAAAAGAGAAGCUGAUAGCUACAAGUUUACCUUCUUACAAACUGCAAAGAUGAAUCAUUAUCACACCUGCUUCAGAGAAAACCAUCUGUACAUAAAAAGUAUGGAAAAAAAAUCAGUAUUAAAACAAAAUGACACAUGAAUGUGGCUGCCAAUGUUUUUAACGUCUAUCACCGCACUGUGCACAACAACCACAACAACAAACACUUUUUAGUGACUGUUGUAUCGAAAACAUGGCGAGGGAACGGCUAAUUUCGUAUAAGUUUGUAUUUUUUGGCUGAAGUCAGGCUAUAUCAAUAGUGUUCAGCUACUGAACGAAAAUGUUUGUCAGCAGCCAGUAUUUGCUUCACCUUCAUUUCCUACCUCAGAUAGGAAUAUGGUUCCUCACAGAUUCUGCUUUGUUUUUUCACUCUGUUUUGUCUUAGAUAAAUAGUAGCAUCUUUAUUCAGUCUUUAAGUCCAUAUGCAAAAAUUCUUCAUGUAGCAAACAUCCACAAAGGUCAAAUUCUUCUGAGCUAACCAAGGGCAGAUUGUCACACUUGAGUCCGUUGGAUACCUCGAGCUAACCUGACUGAUUUCUGACAGAAUUCAAGUCAUAUUUUUCCAGUUAAAAUGAAGCUAAUCUGACAGGAUUUUUGAGAAAAGUUAUUAGGACUAUAAUUCUGAUGGAAUUUUAAGACUAGCUAGCAGGCUAACCUGCACUAAUCUGACAGGAUUUCUCACAGGAUUUGGUAUUAUUCUAUUCUGUAAAAUGAAUCCAGGAUUUCUGCCAGAACCUGGUCUUUUUUGACAGGAUUCCUAAAUCGUAUCCAUAUAGAUAGCUAACCUUUUGUCGGGAUUUCUAUAUAUUAUAUAAAUUAGGAUUUACAAAUCUGAAAGGAUUUCUGACAUGGAAAUGAUCAAGUCAUAUUCCAAAAUAACUGAACCCGACAGACAUCCUGAUAAAGUGUAUAUUCAUAUUAAUAACUGGUCAUAAUAGUUUCUGCUAAUCAUUGUCAGUUAAGUAACAGGAGGAACCCAGACCACACUUUUGUCUACAUUAUAACAUUUACUUGUGUUCAUAUUAUUAAAUGCUAGGUAGCUGACAAACCUUAUUCUAUACUGAACAGAUAUUUGAAAAAACUUUAGCUUUUCGCGGUCAUGAGUGUGUUUGGCUACUGGUUCGGGGUCUACACAGACACUGUGCAGUUUGUUUAAUAUUUUAAUCCUAUAGCAAAUGAGUUUGGUUUCUCUUGAGACAUAUUUUGCAAUGCUACUGUUUAACAAAUAUAUAGAAAAACUGUAGUUAAACUGUGGUAUACACUUCCUCUGGAUGAAGGCAUUAAAAACUAAAUAAAUAUGAAAAGAUCAUGUUAAAGGAAUAUUGAGAAAAGCACAGAUGUUUAAAGUACAUGUGAAUGUUAUACUGCUAAAAGAACCAUCUGUUCUACAGAUGUUGUAAAAACAUAUCAUUUGUUAUACGAGCAAUAUGGGCUGCUCUCUAAAAUGAUUUGCAUUGUCUUAGGAUGAGCUUGCCAAAUUUAUUUGGGGAGUUGUGUAAAAAACUUGCCACAUUGUUCCUUUUGUUAUGUGUUGACUGUGUGUGAGAUAUGUGAUGUAUUAUGACACUGUCAUGUGUCUGACCCAUUCUGUAACUGACUGUGCAAAUUAGUGCAGUUCAUCGCUUGCCUUUAAUCACUUUAAUCAAACAGUUAAUUAGAUAUUACGUAAAGGGAAAUCAUUGGGAUGCACUGAGGUCAGAGAAUAACAAAAUGUUCACAUUGUUUUUUUUCACAGAAUAAAUACGAUUCAGAAUAAA